AUGCAGAACUUCUUUGCAGACAAGAACAGAAGAAUUCUUAAAACAAAACAAGAUAAACAUUUUGACUACAUUGCCAAGACAAAACCGGCACCGAUAUUUUACUGCAUAUUUUUGAAUAAACUUGCUUCGUAUCAGUACUGUAGGCACAAAUUUUUGCCUUGCACUUUUCAAUUCGUCAGCAAUAAUAAUAGUGAAAUAAAUAAGGAUCAUGGAGAUAUGUAUUCCAUUGGAGAUAUUGCCGAAUUUAACAGACCGAGUAUGGCCAGCAAUUUGGGAAAAAAAAGAAGUCAAAAUGAUGUUUUAAAGUUUAAAAUUGAUAAGCAAAUCCAUCUUAAUACCAAAGACUUGAAAAGUAUCAUUAUCAGCAGCAAUAGCAAAAAAAUCUGCAAUAACAAUAGCGAUAAAUAUGGCCCUUAUUUUUCCUCAUUAAUCUCAAAAUCAAAAAAUGUCUACAUACAUUCACAUUUAUCAUAUAAGUGCACUCUUCGUGCAGUUGUAAACUUGUGUCAUUUGGGAAACAACGUAAAACUUGUAAACUUUAUAACUACAUCAAUAGAAACUGAAAGGAAGGAGGCUGACGGGAAGGCGAACGGAGUGGCGAGAAAGAAGAGGAGAAAAUACCACACGAAAAAAAAUGGCGUUGAGGACUACAAUGCCGACUUAGCGAGAUUAGUUUGUCAUCAAAAUUUUAUGAUAAGAAAACAAACCGUGAGAAGGAAAUUGGCUGAUGCAAAAAAACGCGGUGGAGCACGAGCAUUCGGACCGCUUCGACAUGGCGGUGAGGGGUAUUUUUAUCCUGAAAUGAAGCGUUACAACAGCUUUGGAUCACCCUACUAUUUAUACCAACAACCAAAACGUGGUGGUGGACGAGCAUUUGCAUCGUAUUACAAGCCCUCAAAUUUUGGUGAAGGAAGGUCAGCUACUUAUGUUGUAUUGCAGCAAAUGCUAACAAAAAUUGUGUGCUACUUUUAUUGCAAAACUCCACAUGUUUGA